CAAAACUGCUGAACACACUCGGUUGACAGAGGGAGGAACUACCGCUGUCAGUUAUCAAAGCCCUGCUGUGCCCAGUCUCCAUCCAGCGCCAUGGGAAAGAAGAGUCGGGUGAAGACUCAGAAGUCAGGGACUGGAGCCACAGCUGUGGUGUCCCCCAAAGAGAUGAUGAACCUCAUCUCUGAACUGCUCCAGAAGUGCAGCAGCACAGCACCCACCACAGGGAAAGAAUGGGAAGAGUACACCCAGAUACGAGCCCUUGUAGAGAAGAUCCGCAAGAAACAGAAGGGUAUCUCGGUACUGUUUGAGGGCAGCAGAGAAGACUACUUCUCCGAGUUGAUGACUUGGGCCCAGGAGACCGGGGCCUUAUGCGAGGGCUUCAAUGUGGCCAAUUUUGGCGACGAGGGGUAUGGCCUCCGUGCCACCAGGGACAUUAAGGCAGAAGAACUGUUCUUGUGGAUCCCAAGGAAGAUGCUAAUGACCAUAGAGUCAGCCAAGAACUCUGUACUGGGCCCCCUGUACAACCAGGACCGCAUCCUCCAGGCCAUGGGCAAUGUGACGCUGGCCCUCCACCUUCUAUGUGAGCGCGCCAACCCCUUGUCCCCCUGGCUGCCCUACAUCAAGAGCCUGCCUCUGGACUACGACACGCCCCUCUACUACGAAGAGGAGGAAGUGCGUCACCUGCUGGGCACGCAGGCGGUGCAUGAUUUGCUGAGCCAGUACAAAAACACAGCGCGCCAGUAUGCUUACUUCUACAAGGUGGUACAGACUCAUCCUACCACCAGCAAACUGCCCUUGAAGGACAGCUUCACGUUCGAACGACUACAGGUCAGUGGAAGAGAGUAUGUGUGGGCCGUUUCCUCCGUGAUGACCCGUCAGAAUCAGAUCCCCACCGAGGAUGGCAGUCGAGUCACCCUGGCCCUCAUUCCUCUCUGGGAUAUGUGCAAUCACACCAACGGACUGAUCACAACGGGUUACAAUCUGGAAGACGACAGGUGUGAAUGUGUGGCCCUGCAGGACUACAAGGAGAACGAACAGAUCUACAUCUUUUAUGGCACCCGCUCCAAUGCCGAAUUCGUCAUCCACAAUGGCUUCUUCUUCCAGGACAACGCCCACGACAGGGUCAAGAUCAAGCUGGGCGUCAGCAAGAGCGAGCGCCUCUACGCCAUGAAGGCCGAGGUGCUGGCGCGCGCCGGCAUCCCAGCGUCCAGUAUCUUUGCUCUGCACUGCAGUGAGCCCCCCAUUUCAGCCCAACUACUGGCCUUCCUCAGGGUUUUCUGCAUGACGGAGGAGGAACUGAAGGACUACCUGAUUGGAGAGCGGGCCAUCAAUAAGAUCUUCAUCCUGGGCAACAGUGAGUUUCCUGUCAGCUGGGAGAACGAGAUCAAACUGUGGACCUUCCUCGAGACCCGGGCCGCUCUGCUCCUCAAGACCUACAAGACCACCUCAGAGGAAGACCGAUCCGCACUGGAGAAGCCCGACCUGUCGCUCCACUCUCGCAUGGCAAUCCAGCUCCGGCUGGCCGAGAAGCAGAUCCUGGAGAGGGCGUCGGCCAGCGGACGGGCCAAGCGCCUGCAUUUCCAGAAACAGCUGGAUGAGGGUGCUCCGCUACCCCGCUACGAGGAGAGCGACAUCGCCCUGUUGGAGAAUGCUGACGCAGACGCAAAGCUUCCCAUCAUCCUGCGCAAGCUGGAGGAGGUGGAGGAGGGCCAGGAACUGAACCUCAGCGAGGCCCUCGCCCAGACAAACCGCCGGGGAGACGAACUGGAGAAAGUCCCUCUGCUUCUGAACGGGGGGAAAGCUGCGGUCUACGGUACGGACAGCAGGCUGCCGGCGGAGGCCAACGGCGACGCCUGCCCGGUGCAAGCGGUGGGUAAAGAAGCGGUUCAGGAAGUCUGUAAGGUUGAGAAUUCAACACUGGACGCUGGUAAAAGUUCAAACGCAUCCCAGAGCGGCCAAACCGGAGUGGCCAAACCAAGUGCCGACCGAACUGAAGAUGGUCCCAAAGACAACAGCAAAUAGAUGAUUUCACUCGCUGCCACAGCCCACGCUAUUUAUUUAUUUUUGUCUCUCAAAUGACUCAGAAAUAUAGAAGUGGAAGUAAGUUUUGAAUAAAAUAAAAUAGAAAAAAAAAAACAAAAAAAAAACACAGGACUUUUUGGACUUUAAGUUGAUCCAGCGUGGCUUUUGGCAGAUGUCCACCGCUGAAUUCGGCGGUCGUUUAAAUGCUGCCGGUCUGUCCCUCCGUCUACUGUGCAGUCGGCCUGCAGCUCAUUUUUAUAAAGCCGAGCUUGUGUUUGUGAAUUUCAAAUGCGGUUCACUAGUUUACAUUGACAACGCGAGCUGCCAUAGCCCCGCUGGAUAGGAGGAGGAGGAGGAGGUGAGGAGCGCCGCGGAUGUGGGCCAAGCGCUGUUCGAGUGUCGAGUUUCAAGUAGUUGAAUGUUAUCUCUUGGAAAGCCAAAACCCUCUUAAUCCUUUCGAUUUUCUUCAUUUUUUUUUUUUUUUUACGAUCGGGACCUGUUAAAAAAAUACGUCAAGUGGCGUAAAAAUCGACAACCGUGCGUCGGGUCCGAGAUUAUCAGAACCGCCACUUCCCGUUUCUCCUGGAAAAUUAUUUUAAGCUUGGAGGAAAAUCACAGAACAAACGAACAAAAAAAACAAAAAAAAUUAAGAUGUGUGCGUCGGAGAGGACCUGGUGUGACGGGUCUUAUGACCUGAGGGACUGAGAUUAGGUUUGCAAUUGGUCAUGCACACAUGUAAUCGCUUCAUGCCCUGAAAUUUGCCAAAGCCCUCGUCAUUUCACGACCCAUAUAUACGUGCGUGUACUGCGUCUAGGGCGGCGGUACACAACGCACCUGUUUUUUUUGUCCACCAGAAAGCCAUAACACACAGUUGUGACCCGCGAAGGACACGACCGAGAAGAAUAGUGACUCGUACCAGCGUUUCUCAUGUAGUCAUUCUGGAUAUUUCCAUUUUCCCCCCCUGAUCAGAACGAACGUUCGAUGAUGACGGUUUAUUUUUCAUUGAGGAAAGACGGUCUCGUAAGCUUUUAACCCCCCCCCCCACCCCCCGCCUCCCCCCGCCGCUUACUGAUUUUACUCAAAUCUUCUCACUUUGAAUCGUGCUCGUUACUGAAUCGUGAGUUAAAGCCCGCCGGUAGUGUCGGUCACGUCAUCGGCGGCUAAAGUGAAGGUUGAAUUUACCACGUUCUCUUUUUUUGUUGCUAAACGCGCGUUGGCUUGUACAGCGGCACCACCGAGUAAACCCGUUUGGGUUUUGUUUCUCGGUACCACGUGGAGUGUGUCACUUUGUCCGUCGUAGGCUCAAGCACUUUUCACCACAAAUCUCUAUUUGUAUUUUUUUUUUUUUAAAUGCAACCAAGUUCUUCAGCAAACCUUACUGGCGACGGCUUCGGUCUAUUUUGCUGCUUUUUUUCUAAAACACCUCUGUACCAUAGUUUGUUUGAGCUCCCCCAGCUCCCCCCCCCCCCCCCCCCCCAUGAAACACCAACAAAUCCCGGGUACGUUUGUUAUCCGGCUGGCGAGCGACUCUCGCGGCUUAGCGUAUGCAGUAGUUCAGGGUCUCUGUCAGCAGAAAAGGAACACGGCUGUACGGUAAAAAAAAAGAGAAGCUAAACAGGAUAAAGAAACGUGUCCUGGAGCUGUCAACACCCAGCAGCCAGAGAUUAAACUUCAUCUCAUUUCU